AUGUCGUCGACCUCCCCUUCUAAAGAGCCCGAGGUGGAACCUGAAGCUCAAUCGGGUGAAGAGCACGAACAAAUGGAAAAAGAGCAAGACCAGACGCAGGGCCAGGGAGAGUUCGAGGUCAAGGAGCAGGAUAGGUGGUUACCAAUUGCAAAUGUGGCCCGUAUCAUGAAACUAGCUCUGCCGGAGAAUGCCAAAAUCGCCAAAGAAGCGAAGGAGUGCAUGCAAGAAUGCGUGAGCGAAUUCAUCUCAUUCAUCACUAGCGAGGCUGUCAUAGCGUCCGAAAAAUGCCAGCAGGAGAAACGUAAGACUGUCAACGGAGAAGACAUCUUGUUUGCCAUGACCUCGCUAGGCUUCGAGAACUACGCGGAAGCUCUGAAAAUCUACUUGUCCAAAUAUCGCGAGACUCAAUCCGCACGGGGCGAACAGAACCGGCCAACAAGCAGCGGAUACACUUCUGGUGGGCCAGUCGGUGGUGUGGGAAGUGCAGCCGCGCGCCCAGCUGGCUCGUUUGACGCGGCCGACCCCACGAACAACAUGAUACCCCCUACUUUGGAUCCCUCGGAGCAGGAUCCUUCGGCGUAUGGCUAUUCUACCAUGGUGGGUCAGCCUCACAAUGGAACCGGCGGCGAGUCCUAUUAA